CCAGAGCUGGGGGCUGCUGGCUAGUGGCUCUCUAGGCUCCUUAGCUCGGGCGUCCUGGUUCGCUUCAGUGUCCGCCGUCUCCACCGCUGCUUCUUCUUCCUUCUUCUUCGCCACCGCCGCCACCUCCCGCAGCACCGCAGCCCCUCCCGCCAUGGCCGCCGCCGGAGCCCGGCGGAGCCCCGGCCCCAGCUUGGGGCUUCGGGGGCGGCCGAGGCUCGGCUUCCACCGGGGGCCGCCGCCGCCACCGCCGCCGCCGCUGCUAUUGCUGUUUCUGCUUCUGCUGCCGCCGCCGCCGCUGCUGGCCGGCGCCACCGCCGCCGCCGCCUCGCGGGAGCCCGACAGCCCAUGCCGGCUCAAGACCGUCACGGUGUCCACGCUGCCCGCCCUGCGGGAAAGCGACAUUAGCUGGAGCGGUGCCCGCGCCGGGGCCGGGGCCGGGGCCGGGGCCGGAGCCGGAGCCGCCGCUGCCGCGGCUGCUGCGUCCCCGGGCUCCGCCGGCUCAGCAGGCACAGCCGCGGAGUCUCGUCUCCUGCUCUUUGUGCGUAACGAGCUCCCCGGACGCAUCGCCGUGCAAGAUGACCUGGACAACACCGAGCUGCCCUUCUUCACCCUGGAGAUGUCUGGCACAGCAGCGGACAUUUCUCUGGUGCACUGGAGACAGCAGUGGCUGGAGAAUGGAACACUGUACUUCCAUGUUUCCAUGAGCAGCUCAGGGCAGCUGGCCCAGGCCACAGCUCCCACGCUCCAGGAGCCUUCUGAGAUCGUUGAGGAACAGAUGCAUAUUCUCCACAUUUCUGUAAUGGGAGGACUCAUUGCCCUGCUCCUCCUAUUGCUGGUAUUCACAGUGGCACUGUACGCCCAGCGGCGCUGGCAGAAGCGCCGGCGUAUCCCCCAGAAGAGCGCAAGCACGGAAGCCACUCACGAGAUUCACUACAUCCCGUCAGUGCUGCUGGGCCCUCAGGCCAGGGAGAGCUUCCGCUCCUCCAGGCUUCAGGCACACAACUCAGUCAUUGGUGUACCCAUCCGGGAGACACCCAUCUUGGAUGACUAUGACUAUGAAGAGGAGGAGGACCCACCCAGGCGGACCAACCAUGUCUCCCGUGAGGAUGAGUUUGGUAGCCAGAUGACCCAUGCCCUGGACAGCUUGGGACGGCCAGGAGAAGAGAAAGUGGACUUUGAGAAGAAAGCAGCAGCUGAGGCGACACAGGAGACAGUGGAGUCCCUGAUGCAGAAGUUCAAGGAGAGUUUCCGCGCUAACACACCAGUGGAGAUCGGUCAGCUGCAGCCAGCCUCGCGCAGUGCCUCUGCAGGGAGGAGGAAACGGAGGAGCAAGUCUCGAGGGGGAAUCAGCUUUGGGAGAACCAAGGGGACAUCAGGUUCAGAAGCAGAUGACGAAACACAGCUGACAUUCUACACAGAGCAGUACCGCAGUCGUCGCCGCAGCAAAGGUUUAUUGAAAAGUCCAGUGAACAAGACAGCCUUGACACUGAUUGCUGUGAGUUCUUGCAUCUUGGCCAUGGUGUGUGGCAACCAGAUGUCCUGUCCACUUACUGUGAAGGUGACUUUGCAUGUGCCAGAGCACUUCAUUGCAGAUGGGGAGUGCAGUUGUCAUGAAGGUUACGCCCCUGAUCCAGUUCACAGACAUCUGUGUGUUCGCAGUGACUGGGGGCAAAGCGAAGGACCUUGGCCUUACACAACACUGGAGAGGGGUUAUGAUCUGGUGACAGGAGAGCAGGCCCCUGAAAAGAUUCUCAGGUCUACUUUCAGCUUGGGCCAAGGCCUCUGGCUUCCGGUCAGCAAAAGCUUUGUGGUUCCACCGGUGGAGCUGUCCAUCAACCCCCUGGCCUCCUGCAAGACUGAUGUGCUCGUCACAGAAGACCCUGCAGAUGUCAGGGAAGAAGCAAUGCUGUCCACCUACUUUGAAACCAUCAAUGACCUGCUGUCCUCCUUUGGUCCAGUCCGUGACUGCUCAAGGAACAAUGGGGGCUGUACCCGCAACUUCAAGUGUGUAUCUGACCGCCAGGUGGACUCCUCAGGAUGUGUGUGUCCUGAGGAACUGAAGCCCAUGAAGGAUGGCUCAGGCUGCUAUGAUCACUCCAAGGGCAUUGACUGCUCUGAUGGCUUUAAUGGAGGGUGUGAGCAACUUUGCCUACAACAGACGCUACCUUUGCCCUAUGAUACCACCUCAAGCACCAUCUUCAUGUUCUGUGGUUGUGUGGAAGAAUACAAGCUGGCUCCAGAUGGGAAAUCCUGUCUAAUGCUCUCAGAUGUCUGCGAGGGACCCAAGUGCCUCAAACCUGACUCCAAAUUCAAUGACACCCUCUUUGGAGAGAUGCUGCAUGGUUACAACAACAGGACCCAACAUGUAAACCAAGGCCAAGUCUUCCAAAUGACCUUCAGGGAAAACAACUUCAUCAAGGACUUUCCCCAGCUGGCUGACGGGCUGUUGGUGAUCCCGCUGCCUGUGGAAGAGCAAUGUCGGGGAGUCCUCUCUGAGCCCCUCCCAGACCUUCAGCUGCUCACUGGAGACAUCAGGUACGAUGAGGCCAUGGGUUACCCCAUGGUGCAGCAGUGGCGUGUCCGGAGCAACCUCUACCGUGUGAAGCUGAGCACCAUCACUCUCUCAGCAGGCUUCACCAAUGUCCUAAAGAUCCUGACCAAAGAGAGCAGUCGGGAUGAGCUGCUGUCCUUCAUUCAGCACUAUGGCUCCCACUACAUCGCAGAGGCCCUGUAUGGUUCCGAGCUCACCUGCAUCAUCCACUUCCCCAGUAAGAAGGUCCAGCAGCAGCUAUGGCUCCAGUAUCAGAAAGAGACCACAGAGUUGGGCAGCAAAAAGGAACUGAAGUCCAUGCCCUUCAUCACCUACCUCUCUGGUCUACUGACAGCCCAGAUGCUUUCAGAUGACCAGCUCAUCUCAGGUGUGGAGAUUCGAUGUGAGGAGAAGGGCCGCUGUCCAUCUACCUGUCACCUUUGCCGCCGGCCAGGCAAAGAACAGCUGAGCCCCACACCAGUGCUUCUGGAGAUUAACCGUGUGGUACCACUUUAUACCCUCAUCCAAGACAAUGGCACGAAGGAGGCCUUCAAGAGUGCACUGAUGAGUUCCUACUGGUGUUCUGGGAAAGGAGACGUGAUUGAUGACUGGUGCAGGUGUGACCUCAGUGCCUUUGAUGCCAGUGGGCUUCCCAAUUGUAGCCCACUUCCGCAGCCUGUGUUACGACUUUCUCCAACAGUGGAGCCUUCCAGCACUGUAGUUUCCCUAGAAUGGAUAGAUGUUCAGCCAGCCAUUGGUACCAAAGUCUCUGACUAUAUACUGCAGCACAAGAAAGUGGAUGAAUACACAGACACUGACCUGUACACAGGAGAAUUCCUGAGUUUUGCUGAUGACUUACUCUCUGGCCUGGGCACAUCUUGUGUAGCAGCUGGUCGAAGCCAUGGAGAGGUCCCUGAAGUCAGUAUCUACUCGGUGAUCUUCAAGUGCUUGGAGCCGGAUGGUCUUUACAAGUUUACUCUGUAUGCUGUGGACACUCGAGGGAGGCACUCAGAGCUCAGCACAGUGACUCUGAGGACAGCUUGUCCACUGGUGGAUGACAAUAAAGCAGAAGAGAUAGCAGACAAGAUCUACAAUCUAUACAAUGGUUACACCAGCGGCAAGGAACAGCAGACUGCUUACAACACGCUGAUGGAGGUCUCCGCCUCCAUGCUCUUCCGAGUCCAGCACCACUACAACUCCCACUACGAAAAGUUUGGUGACUUUGUCUGGAGGAGUGAGGACGAGCUAGGACCCAGGAAGGCACACCUGAUCCUGCGGCGGUUGGAGAGGGUCAGCAGCCAUUGUUCUAGUCUCUUGCGAAGCGCCUACAUUCAGAGCCGUGUGGAUACCAUACCCUAUCUCUUCUGCCGCAGUGAGGAGGUCCGGCCCGCAGGAAUGGUGUGGUACAGCAUCCUCAAGGACACCAAAAUCACAUGCGAGGAGAAGAUGGUGUCCAUGGCCCGAAACACGUAUGGGGAGACCAAAGGCCGGUGAGGGAGGGUACGACCCUCCUUGAGCACAGAGACGCUCUUGGGGGAGCACUGCUUUCAUGGAUCCUGGGGCCUGGGUGGGCUGGGGGACAGCUGAAGGGCCUGGCACACGACACUUGCCAGCAAGGCCAAAGCAAACUGUUUCUCCGUGGACAGACAGCAGAGAACUUUGUAACCAAUGGAAUUAUUCAUUUUUUUCUCUUUUAUUUUUUCUAAGAUAUUAUUUGACUCUAUCAAAUGUCUCUCCUUUUUAAAUCUUUUCUUAUGGAUGAAAGUCGUUGUGGAAGCAACAGCUUUCAGGCGGAGACCAAGUAGCCUUUCCUCUUCUUCCUCCCUCUUGCCAUGGACCCCUGGAAGGAGCCCUGUGGAGAGACAAUUUGACUACUUCAGCAUUAGCAAGGAUGCCCUAGAACUGUUGCAGCAAGGAAGCUUGGGUCUUUAAGGCCUUCUCCCUCCCUCCGUUUCCUCCUCAUCUUUCUUCCUCCUUUCCUUCCU